AUGCAGGUAUCUUUUGCCAUCUUCGCUGCUCUCGGGGGAGUCGCGCUCGCAGGCCCACUCCCCGACUCGAACGUGGCCCCGGCCAGCUCGCCUCUCCUCGCCGCGCGCGGCCUCUUCUGCAGCCAGGACUGCUGCUCCGGUCCUGAAAAGACUGUUUGCGACUGCAACAUUUUCGGCUGCAACUGCGAGUGGACGUAUGGCGGCGGCGGCGUCACCAAAAUCGGCUGCUGA